AUGGAUGUCUACCUCAGUGGCUUACACAACCACUUUCUCCUUUCCUUUCCGAUAUUCCGAUUAAGACAAGAGAUUAAAGCUGGUGUUAAGUUGCAUGAUCCAGUAGAGAAAAAAGAAGAUCAAAUUAAGUUUUAUCGUCAGAUUGACCUGGUCACCGUCAGAUCAGCCGUGGCAAUUGCGGAAAGGAAAGCAACAUUUACAGCUGAACGUAUUGAUUGCAUGAUUAAAAAAGGGUAA